AUGUCUUCAGUCCCGGAGAUGCAUGCAUUCAAACAUGCUUCAAGCCAGAGCGUCUGCAGCCGCGCGGCUCAAGUUUUGUUGUGUCCUUCGUGCUGGACGCACCAGGCAAAGUCAUUCUUUAGAGCACAAGGAGCCAUGGCAUCAAACCAUGGCUACCUGUCGUCGAUUGGCCUCCAGCCUGUGACGAACGUGACAUCGAUUUUAACAUCGCCGGAAGAGAAGGAGUUUGGCAAAAACGGCUCCUCAGCAGCCAAGCCAAAGAAAGGUGGCAAGGGGCCGGGCAGUGGAGAGUUCACGACGGCUCAGGAAGUCCGCGACACCUUCGUGAACUUCUUCAAGUCGAAACAGCAUGAUUUCAUCGCUUCCUCCCCGGUCGUGCCUCAUAACGACCCAACUCUUCUGUUUAUUAACGCAGGCAUGAACCAGUUCAAGCCCAUCUUCGUCGGCCAAGUUGAUCCGAGCCAUCCGUUUGCAAAGCUGAAGCGAGCGGCGAACUCGCAGAAGUGUAUUCGAGCGGGCGGCAAGCACAACGACUUGGAGGACGUGGGCAAGGAUGUCUACCACCACACUUUCUUCGAGAUGCUUGGCAACUGGUCUUUUGGCAACUACUUCAAGGAGGAGGCCAUCACGUGGGCAUGGGAGCUCCUCACAGAAGUCUACCACCUUGAUCCUACCAGGCUUUAUGCGACUUAUUAUGGCGGCGACCCCAAGCAGCCAUCCGUGCCUUCUGACGAAGAGGCAAAGAAGAUUUGGUUGCGAUACCUGCCGGCAGAGCGAAUUCUGCCUUUCAACAUGAAGGACAACUUCUGGGAGAUGGGUGACACCGGACCUUGUGGGCCCUGUUCCGAAAUCCACUAUGAUAGGAUUGGUGGGCGAGAUGCUGGCAGCUUGGUGAACAUGGAUGACCCAGAUGUGCUUGAAAUUUGGAACCUCGUCUUCAUGCAAUUCGAGCGAAAAGAGGGUGGAAGCCUCAUCGAGCUGCCAGCGAAAAGCGUUGACACGGGAAUGGGCCUCGAGCGCGUUACGUCUGUCCUUCUUGAUGUUCGAAGCAAUUACGACACAGAUCUCUUUAUGCACAUCUUCAAGGCCAUCAAGGAGAAGACCGCAACUUCAAAGACCUACACUGGGAAGGUUGGCGAAGACGACAAGGAUCACGUUGACAUGGCCUACCGUGUCAUCGCAGAUCACAUCAGGACCCUCACAAUUGCGCUGACCGACGGUGCAACUCCUUCCAACGAAGGUCGAGGCUAUGUUUUGCGGCGUAUUCUCCGACGUGCCGUCCGGUUUGGGCGCGAGAUCCUGGAUGCUCCGCCAGGCUUCUUCCACCAGCUAGUUGACUCCGUUCUCGAUACGCUGGGGGAUGCGUUCCCGACUCUGCGACAAAAUCCAGAAGAUGUAAGGGCGAUUAUCAAGGAAGAGGAAGCGCAGUUCGGAAGAACGCUGGACCGAGGAAUCAAGCAGUUCAAGACCUUCGCCAAGAAGGGCUCCAUUACGGGCGAAGAUGCUUUCUUGCUCUUCACGACAUACGGCUUCCCCGUGGACCUGACGCAGCUGAUGGGCGAAGAGCUGAAGGUCGAAGUGGACAUGCCCGGCUUUGAGAAGAAGAUGGAGCAGUUCCGAGACGAGUCCAGGAAACGAAAGACUGCCAGAACGACAAAGGAUAUGGAGCUGAAGGCCAAUGAAACAGACAAGCUCAUCAAGGGCAUGAGCUUGAAGCCCACCGAUGAUAUACUCAAGUACGAUUGGAACACCGAGGGCGAUGGCAGCGAGCACAAGGCCAAGAUCCAAGCAAUCUACAACGGAGAGGAUUUCGUGAAGACCUGCAACAGCGGCUCCGACGUAGUUGGGCUGGUGCUAGACCGGACCCCUCUGUAUGCCGAGCAGGGUGGCCAGACUUUCGACAAGGCUUCGAUCACUUGUGGCAGUGUCGAGUUCAGUGUAGACACCACGCAGAAGUACGCUGGCUAUGUCCUCCAUGUCGGGCAGGUUGAGAGCAAGGGCGACUUGAAAGUCGGUGAUGAAGUGAGCGUGAAGGUCGACUACACUCGAAGAUCGCUGGUGGCAAAGAACCACACAGCAACGCACAUCUUGAACUUUGCGCUUCGCCAAAUCCUGGGCGAGAAGGUAGAUCAGAAAGGUUCGCUCGUUACAGAGGACAAGCUCCGAUUCGACUUCUCCCACAAUAAGCCAGUGGAGCCAGAGGAGCUCAAAAAGAUUGAAGAAAUUUGCAAUCAGAUGGUGCAGAAAGCUUGCGUCGUGCAUUACCGCGAUGUUGCACUGGACACCGCAAAAGCCAUUUCUGGACUGAGAGCGGUCUUCGGCGAAACCUACCCGGAUCCUGUCCGAGUCGUCAGCGUCGGUCCGAAGAUUGACGACCUGCUCACCGACAAGAAGACUCCAUGGGGCCUGCAAAACAGCGUGGAGUUCUGUGGUGGUACACACGUGGCCAACAGCAAGGAGAUUUACAAGUUCGUCUUGCUCCAGGAGGAGGGUAUCGCGAAAGGCAUUCGGCGCAUUGUUGCAGUCACAGGACCUCAAGCAGCUGUUGAGGCGACCCUCAAGGCGAAGAGCCUGAGUUCGGAUUUGGAUGGCUUCAAGGGCAUGUCCCCUGGAGCCGAGCUGGACAAAUGCAUUGGCGAUUUACGCCGAAGAGUCACAGAGGACAAAGAGGUCUCCUUGCUCAUGAAGUCCGACAUCAUGACGGAACUUGAAACUUUGGCGAAGGGCUCCCUCAAAGCGGGCAAGGCCGAAACAAAGAAGUUCGAAGGCAAGGCCAAGGAAGACGGCGAGAAGCUGGGCAAGGAAGCUGCAGCAGCAUCUGGCGAGACCUUCGUGGGUGUCGUGCAAGCAGGCGCAGGCUGCGACGACGCAAAAGUCCUAACACCAGCGAUGGAGGCGGCAAUCAAGCAGUGCCCAAGCAAGGCAAUAAUGCUGAUGAGCAACAUGGGUGGAAAGCUGGCAAUUCUGGCAGUUGUGCCUAAAGCAUUGGCUGGCAAGCUCUCGGCGAAAGUCUGGUCCGGCAAGGUCUUAGACGCGAUCGGCGGGAAGGGCGGCGGAAAGGACGACCGUGCACAAGGUCAGGGAGAUGCCUCAAAGCUAGACCAAGCGCUCAGCACCGCCAAGUCGUAUCCUUGA